AUGGGCCGCAACAAGAAGAAGAAGCGAGAUGGCGACGACCGGCGGCAGCGACUCAUCCUGAGCUUCGAUGAGGAGAAGCGGCGGGAGUACCUGACAGGCUUCCACAAGAGGAAGGUGGAGCGGAAGAAGGCAGCCAUUGAGGAGAUCAAACAGAGGCUGAAGGAGGAGCAGAAGAAGCUCCGGGAAGAGCGCCACCAGGAAUACUUGAAGAUGCUGGCAGAGAGAGAGGAGGCUCUGGAGGAGGCCGACGAGCUAGACCGGCUGGUGACAGCGAAGACAGAGUCGGUACAGUAUGACCACCCCAACCACACAGUCACCGUGACCACCAUCAGCGACCUGGACCUUUCAGGGGCCCGACUGCUCGGCCUGCCCCCGCCUGAGCAAGGGGCCGGGUCUGGGCCUGAGGAGGAAGCGUCAUCCUUGGAGAAGCUGACCAGAGCCUUACCCAAGAAGUCCAGAGACCCUCUGCUGUCCCAGCGGAUCUCCUCUCUCACGGCCUCACUGCAUGCACACAGUCGCAAAAAGGUCAAGAGGAAACGUCUUCGCCGGGCCCAGGACACCACCAAGAAGCCCCCGAGCGCCACUCGUACCAGCAAGACCCAGCGCCGCCGGCUGACAGGCAAAGCCCGGCACAGCGGAGAGUGA